CGCCGAUGGACCAGGCGGUGAGGAUCAUGCCGUGAAGUGCCCCGAUGUUGUACGGGCCGACCAUGUCGGUCAGGAAGCACGGGAUGGUGCCGAACCCACCCCCGUACGUGAAGGUGAGCGUCCACAUGACGGCGCGGAAGCCGUCGUAAUUGUCGCGGUUGAUGAGGUGCGGCAGAACGGCCACCACGACGAUCUGCACUACGAGGUUGAAGAGGAAGACGAGCUUGCGCGCGAACGGCGGGUUCGUCUUCAGCGUCUUGAUCGCUACGUCGGCGAGCAUGGGCAGACACAGUCGGCCCCGGCAGUUGAAUACGCCGUUGAUCGACACCACGUUGACGCCCUCGGUUCGCGACUGCCCGAAGAGGUCCUGCGCCAUGUUUGACAGGCGCGACAGCGCCACGAGCCCGAAAAUCUGUUUCGCGAAGAACAUCAGGUACUUGAAGAAGAAGGCCGGCGAACGCAGCGACUCAAUCAGGUCCGCUUCCGACCACGACGCCGCAGCGUCCUUGGCGACGCCCUCGGCGUCGUGGUCGGUCACCUUCUCGACGCGGACGUCGAGCCCGUUAACGGUGAAGUCGUUGGGAGGGGUGCGCAGGACGACGGCGCAGAGCAGCAUGGUGCCGGCCAGAACUGCGCCGAGGAUGGCGAAGGUUUAAGAGAUGUAUUACUAGAGAUGUAUUUAAGGAGAUGUAUGCUUGAGAUGUAUGAUAUACUUUUAAUAAGAUAUACAGUGUAUUUUUUUAUGAAAUAUUU